GACCGCCUUCCUCCUGGCUGCCACGCUGACAGUCGGCGCCUUUAGGUGCCCGAAGUCGUUGGACGGAGGCGGGCGGACGAGAGAGGAGCGCUCUUCUCCCAUUGGGUGGCUCACGCGGGACAAGGGCCACUGUGAUCAACCCUGUACAAUUAUCCUCAUAUUGAAGAAAGGCUAAUGCUGAGACCACCUGUGAACCUCGAGGAUGGCAGCAGAAGUAGAAACCAGCCAUGUUCAUUCCAUAUUUGAGUUGGCAGAAGUAAAUGAUGGCAAACCAAAGUGUCGUCCCAGGAUUUUCCUGGAACCUGUAAAAAGACGCACCAGUGUCAAGGCGUAUGUGAUGAAGAAAGCGAGGAAGGCCUGCAGAUGCACUCCAGCAAGAGCCAAGGACCAGAUCUACAGUUUCCUCCCUGUGCUAAAGUGGCUCCCUGAGUACAAUCUGAAAGAGAACAUCUUGGGAGAUGUUAUGUCUGGUGUGAUUGUGGGAAUCUUGCUAGUUCCACAGUCCAUUGCUUAUUCCCUGCUGGCGGGCCAAGAACCCAUCUAUGGUCUGUACACAUCCUUUUUUGCAAGCAUUAUUUAUUGCCUGUUCGGAACAUCCCGCCAUAUAUCUGUUGGCAUUUUUGGUGUUCUCUGCCUGAUGAUAGGAGAAGUGGUAGAUCGAGAGCUACACAGAGCUGGAUUUGAUGUGAAACCAAGUAUUUCCAGCAGUUACUAUUCAAAUAUAAGCACUGAUGUUGCUAACAACACGCUGGUGCUCAUGAACCAGACAUCGCAAGCACUGUGUGAUAGAAGUUGCCAUGCAAUUGCCAUUGGUGCCACUGUGACUUUCAUAGCUGGAGUUUAUCAGAUUGCCAUGGGCUUCUUCCAGGUGGGCUUUGUUUCUGUGUACCUCUCUGAUUCCUUGCUCAGUGGAUUUGUUACAGGAGCUUCAUUCACAAUCCUCACUUCACAAGUCAAAUAUCUCUUAGGCCUAGACAUUCCUCGGAGCAAUGGCAUUGGAUCCCUAGUGAACACUUGGAUAAAUGUAUUCAGCAACAUCCACAAGACCAACAUCUGUGACCUUUUCACCAGCUGUUUGUGCCUUCUUGUUCUCGUCCCAACAAAAGAGUUGAAUGAGCGGUUCAAGUCCAAACUCAAAGCUCCCUUGCCAACUGAGCUGCUGGUGGUUGUGGUAGCUACACUUGCCUCUCAUUUUGGCAAACUGGAAGAGAAAUACGGUUCAGCUGUAUCUGGACACAUUCCAACUGGCUUUUUGCCACCGCAGCCACCGGACUGGAACCUGAUCCCCAGUGUAGCUGUGGAUGCAGUGGCCAUAGCCCUUAUUGGUUUUGUCACCACUGUAUCUCUGUCGGAGAUGUUUGCCAAAAAGCAUGGCUACACUGUUAAAGCCAACCAGGAAAUGUACGCCAUUGGUUUCUGCAACAUCAUCCCCUCUUUUUUCCAUUGUUUCACAACCAGUGCAGCUCUUGCCAAGACUCUUGUCAAAGAGUCAACUGGCUGUAAGUCUCAGAUCUCUGGUGUGGUGUCUGGCUUGAUCAUCUUGCUUGUCCUCCUUGUGAUUGCUCCUCUGUUCUAUUCCCUCCAAAAGUGUGUCCUAGGUGUUAUAACCAUUGUUAAUCUCAGAGGAGCCUUGCGGAAAUUCAGCGACCUGCCCCAAAUGUGGCGGUUAAGCAGAGUAGACACAGGGAUCUGGGCAGUCACCAUGUUGUCUUCAGCACUGAUAAGUACUGAACUUGGGCUUCUAAUUGGGGUCUGCUUCUCCAUGCUGUGUGUCAUUGUACGGACCCAGAAACCGGAAGGACAACUACUGGGCUGCGUGCCAGAAUCUGAAAUAUAUGAACCUCUUUUUGCUUACAGGGACCUUCUGACAAUGCCAAGCAUCAGAGUUUUUCGUUUUGAAGCACCUCUCUACUAUGCUAACAAGGAAGCCUUCAAAUCUAUGCUAUACAAACUUACUGGAGUCAACCCUUUGAGGGUGCUGGCAGCAAAGAGAAAGGCUGAAAAGCAAAGGUUUCAUGAGGAAAUGGCCAGUUCUAAUGGAAACCAGGCUGCAAUCUCAGUGCAGCUUGUCACCCAGCCAUUGGAGUUCCAUACUAUAGUGAUUGACUGCUGUGCAGUGCAGUUUUUAGAUACAGCUGGGAUCCACACACUCAGAGAGGUUCACAAGGAUUAUGGGGAAAUUGGCAUCCGGGUGCUGUUGGCUCAGUGCAAUCCUUCUGUGAGAGAUUCUCUAAACCGAGGGGAGUAUGCCAAAAAAGGAGAGAAAGAUCUCCUCUUUCACAGUGUGCACCAAGCUGUGGAAUAUGCCUUGUGUGUUAAUGGACAGAAUGGGUGUUAUGACUCUGAAGCCUAGUGUAAGAGUCCAUACAGAAUGUUUCUCAAAUUCAGGUAAAGGCAUGUGCGGGUGUGAUAAUGCUGUGCAUACAUUCACACUGAUGUAAAGGGCUACUGUUAUUUGUGUGCUGAUUGUACAGGAUGUAAAAUACCAAAUCACAUUGGUUUACAUCUGCUAUGUUGGAUAGGGCAUAGAAUGUAGUAAUGACUAUUGACUGGUAGUGUGCAUAGCCUGAUCAUGACAAACAUGCAGAACAAAUAUUCUUAAAGCUAGAUUACCUCUUUCUGCUGUUGAUGUUUUCCAUGUUCCAGACUUUUCCUUUCCUAUCAGACAUGGGUUUGAAUAGAUAGCACCAUCCCUUACGUGGCACUUUGCCCUUCAACAGUAAAUGUCCUUUUAUUUAUUUGAUCCCUCUCCACAGUUUUUCCUUCUUCCUAUAGUCAUCUUUCUGAGUUUGACUUGUUGAUGCCAGUGCUUUUAGAAGUCAACCAUAAGUGCCUUGAUUAGGAUGCCAAAUAAAGGAUAGGGUACCUCAAUUUUAGCAAUUGUAUAACUGGUGUUUUCAGUCAUGUUCUUUUUAAUGUAUGGACAUGUGUAUACUUAUGUAACUCUUUUGAAAUAUGUUUGGAAACCAAAGCACUGAUCUUUCUAUUAAGAAGACCAAGAAUGGUGGCUACAGAGUCAUCAACGCAAACUAUAGGGUGGCAUAUAAAGUUUUCCACUGCUGAAGAAACAGGGAAAAGGUGUAUGUUUCCGCAUCACAUGGAAGAAUUCAGCUGACUUUGAGUUUCACUGCACUGCUUGCUGGGCAUGGGCAAACAGGUGUGGCUUGGCGAAGCGAGAUCUUGAGGUUGUUUUCAAGUUCCAUCAGAUUUAGAUUGUGUAAAAUGUAAAGCAACUAGAGACAGGCGCUUAGAAGAGCCUCUGAUCAUUUUUAAUCUGUUGGUUCAUGCUGUCAACUGUUGUUGGUGCAAGAGCUAUUUAAAUGGUUUUUUAAAAAAUGAUCAGUUGUGAAUAUAUAUUUUUGGCAAAACAUUAUUUUGUACAAUUUCUCUAACUAUUAUUUCUAUUUUUAUAUGUUCUGUAAUAGAGCAUACAGAGGCAGAAAGAAAGUAGAAGUUCUGUGAUGCGUAAUUAGUAGCUUUCCUAGCACAUGAAAACAUGGGUUGUAAAAACUUCAUUAUCAUGGGAGAUAAUUAUGAGGAGACUUUUCUUGUAUAGCCUCAUUUGUAAGUGCUGCAAAUUCAUAGGUAUCAACCAGGGUAGAAUUUCUAUGAGAUAAUGCAGUUUAUUGUCAAAGAGGAGUUUUCACUGCAGUGUGGGAUGCUUUGUAACAUAGGAUUAUUAAAAUUAAUGUAUGUAGUAUGUAGUAAUUAGUUAUGUAUACAUAUUGGAGCUAGGUUUCACAAACUAUAGGCAAGCUUAAUUCAAAAAGAACCAGCAUACAAUUUCAGCUGUGAGCCAACUUAGUGAGAAAAUAACUUUAUUUGCUUCCGAGCAAUCCAAGAAAUGUUAGAAGACUUUGGCAAUGGCUUGCUAUUCAUUAGCAACCAACACAGGAACUGCAGUAUUUGGUUAGGAAAAACAAAUUGUGAGAUUUGUAGGAUAUAUUCUAAGAUUUAUGUGGAAAUCAGUUUGUUGGGAUAAUCCUAUUAAAAAUUUAAAGGCAAUAUGGCAUACACUUCCCUUACAUUGUUUAAGGUGUGUGUGUGUGUGUGCGUGCGCGUGCGCGUGUGUGGAGUUCAAGCCCUGAAGUUGAAACACUAAUUCUAGCACACCCAAAGAACUGCUUGAUAUGCCCUUCACGUGGUUAUCCACUCAUCUCUUUCAGUGGUGUUGGAGGUCAUUGGGGCAUCUCAUUACUUCUCAUUACUUGUCAGUUUCAUAUCAGAUUAGUGAUUAUAGUAUCUGUUCCACUAUGUGAGAGAAGGCAUAUAAAUGAGCAUUUUAGCUUUCAUUUUUAUUUGACCUGCAUAGUCAGUCAAGUAAAUUCAUAGCUUUAUAUUUCUUUAGAUUAUCGUAUAUAUUGGGGGUUUCAUUCCCCAACCUUGGUUUGCAGAUCAAUAAAACAUACAUUCCUAGAGACAAUCACCUGACAAACACUAAGCUUUUUAGAUCUUAGGGAGAUUUUUGUUUUUGAACUCCCCCUCAUUUUUAAAGUGUUCUAAAAUAUUUUUAUGGCAGGUUACCAAGAAUAGUAGCCUGUCAGAUUCAAAACUUUGUGUCCGUAUGAAACAAUCUCAUUAGGAUGUCAAGAAUAUGUUCGCACUCUUAAGCAAACACUGCAUUUAAACUGAAUUUCUAUUUUUUCUUUGCAAUCAAGUUGUAGCCGACUUGAUGUGACCCCAGAGGGUUUUCAAGGCAACAAAUGUUGAGAGGUUGCCAUUGCCUUCCUCCAUUUCCCAUCCAAAUACUGACCAGGGUUGUCCCUGCUUAGUUUCCAAAAUCUGAUGAGAUUGGGCUCACCUAGGCUAUCCAGGUCAAGGCUAUACUGGCUUAGUUCCCUGGAAAUAAAAUGGCACCAAGGUAGUUUACACAAACAUCUUUAAUAUGCUAUGGAUUGUCUUGAUGGAGCUUCUUGAUGUGAUUCCACAGUAACAUUGUGUGGAAACAGAGUUGUGAAAUCUCUUUUGAGACUGUAUAAAGUCUUUGUUGAAUACCCUCCUUAGUUGCUUCCAUAGCUGCCACACUAACUAAAUUUUUACAGAGACAUAGCAUUUUAAGGUAGGGCUGUCAAGUUUUUCCUGGCCAAAUAACAGCACUUUGAAUAGCAUGGUAGACAGCUAUUUCACAGGAAGUUUUUCAGAUGCAGUCUUUCUUCCAAGGAAAAUGGUGAUCAUCUUUCUCAGCCACUUUUUGUUGAACCCAGGCUGGUGAGUUUUCCACAUUGUGUUUAACAGCUGGGAAAAUUGCUUGCAGAAGCUUUCUGGUACUUGAAGAUAAGAUAGUGAGAUAGUGGUCAGGAGAAGAAGUCUAGUAUUCUUCCAGCAGGGUGCUCUGCAGGCUAACAUUCUGCCUUUGAAGGGCUAAUGGCAGGUGGAAGGCUAGGGGAACUGUUUUCCUCAUUAUUCUACUAUUGUGAAAUGAAUCUCUUCUGGUACCACUUUUCAGCCCCGUGAAAGGCUGCAAUAAGACAAAAACCUUUUCAAAUCCAGCAGUGACAGACUACAUUAAUAGCACCGUGUCUCUCAUGAAAUAUAGCUGCUGUUAUUCUCUGCUAACAGCUAGAUAUUUGUCCCCACCGUUGGAAACUGGAAUAGUGGAACUGUGGCCCUACCAACCUCAUUGCAUUUCACUUGGAAGGAAAUGAGAUGACUGUGGCAUCUUUUGAUUGGGAGCUCUUGCUCAGUUCACCCAAAGAUGAUCUUGUCAGGCAAUGGUGAGGGGGGCAUUUUCAUUGUGCUUCUUGCAAUAAUAGUCCCUUUCUUUGUUACAUAUCCAUUGAGUAUCCAUACGCUGUUGCGUGUCUGUACAACUCUGUUGAAUAGGUUAAGCUGAAAGGCAGUGACUUGCAAAGUAAAUGAGAUAGAGUCUAGUUUAGGUCUUGAUUUCUUUUAGAAAUAAAUCUCUGAGUUAAAAGAGUACCAUACUACAGGAAAAUAGUGCUGAAGAACUGAAACCCCUAGCUGUCUUUGUAUUUCUCUUCAAAUCUGCAGUACUCCUGGAAGAAUAUUGUUUUGCCAUCUGCAAGUGUCGUUAUUCAUUUUGUCUGUAUGCCAUGAAGACACGGGGUAGAGGGAACGCUUUCAUUCCCAAAGAGGUGGUGGAAGAGGAGAAAACAGACAAAGAUUGAGGCUUUUAGAAAAGAACAAAAGUAAUUUUUUAAAUGCUGCUUUUUUCUAACUUUAAGGAGUCUCAAAGGGGCUAACAAACGUCUUUCUCUUCCCACAAAAGACAACUUGUGAGGUAG